UUCCAUUUUAAAGUCUGGGAAAAGUAUAGACUUUAGCUCAAGUGUCAGACUCGGCUCAUGAGCUAGAUUCAGAGACGGCGAUUACAGUAAUCGAGGCAGCGUAGCGUAGCAGGAGAUAUCAAUUAAUGAAGAAAUGCUGAAAAAUAAAAAAGUAGAGGCGAGGGGGCUUUGGGAUAGUAAAAGUGAAUUCCUUUUGGCUGUAGCAGGAGACAUUGUGGGUUUGGGCAAUGUUUGGAGAUUUCCCUACCUCUGCUACAGGAAUGGAGGAGGGGUGUUUUUGGUGCCCUACUUGGUGCUAGCUGUGACCUGUGGUUUGCCCCUAUUCCUUCUGGAAACGGCUAUGGGACAGUACACACAAGAAGGGGGCAUCACAUGCUGGCGAAAAAUCUGCCCAUUGGCUGAGGGUGUUGGCUACGCAGCCCAGGUGAUUCAACUGUAUGGUUGCAUGUGCUACAUCAUAAUCCUGGCCUGGGCAUUGCUCUAUUUGGUUUUGUCCUUCAAGUCCCCGCUUCCGUGGGCAACCUGUGACAACACCUGGAACACAAACAGCUGUAUUGCUGUUGUAAAUCAUGACAACUGGACAAAUCAGGCCAACUCCACAUCAGCAGCCACUGAGUUUUGGGAGCGAAGAGUGCUUACUAUCUCUAAAGGUAUUGAUGAAGUUGGAAACAUCAACUGGGAGAUUCUCCUGUGUUUAAUCGCAGUGUGGAUCAUAUGCUAUUUCUCUAUAUGGAAAGGAGUCAAGUCCACUGGGAAGGUGGUGUAUAUCACAGCUACGUUCCCUUAUGCGAUGCUGUUGGGAUUGCUGAUUCGUGGACUGACUCUGCCUGGAGCCAUGGAGGGUGUGAUUUUCUAUCUCUAUCCUGACUUCCAGCGACUGUUGGAGCCUCAGGUGUGGAUGGAGGCAGCCAGUCAAAUUAGCUACUCUUAUAGUAUAGGUGUGGGAAUAUUGACUGUGCUCGGCAGCUACAACCAAUACAACAACAACUGCUACAGGGACUGCUUUUGGCUGUGUCUGCUAAACAGUGGCACCAGUUUUGUCGCAGGAUUUGCCGUAUUCUCCGUUCUGGGCUUCAUGGCUCACGUGCAAGGUGUUCCUAUAGAGGAUGUGGCUGAGUCAGGUCCUGGCCUAGCUUUUGUGGCUUAUCCUCAGGCAGUGGCUUUAAUGCCUCUGCCUCAGCUGUGGGCUGUGUGUUUCUUUAUUAUGAUUAUUCUACUUGGUCUGGAUACACAGUUUCUUGCGAUGGAGGUGGUCAUCACAUCAGUGACGGACGUGUUUCCGAAAGUGCUACGUAGAACUGGACGCCGAGAGAUCUUCCUGCUUCUUUUCUGUAUUUUCUGCUUCUUCAGCCAAUUGGUCAUGGUCACUGAGGGUGGUAUGUACGUGUUUCAGCUGUUUGACUACUAUGCCUGUAAUGGAGCCUGCAUCUUCUUCCUUUCAGUGUUUCAGGCUCUGGCAGUGGGCUGGGCUUUUGGGGCUGAACGAAUGUGCAACAUCAUUGAAGACAUGACAGGGUCAUACCCUAACAUCAUCUUUAGGCUGUGCUGGAAAUAUGUUACCCCUUUUAUCUUGCUGGUAUCUUUCAUAUAUUCCAUGGUGGAGUACCAGCCUCUGACGUUUAACCGCUGGUAUGUGUACCCAGCCUGGGCGUAUGGACUGGGCUGGCUGAUGGCUUUGUCCUCCAUCCUUAUGGUUCCUGCAUACGCAUUGGUCUGCUUGUGGAACGCAAAAGGGACCCUCAAAGAGCGCUGGUGUAAACUCUGCAGUCCUGAGAGCAACGUAUCUGUGUCCCAGAAGCAGACAGCUGAAAGACAGUUAAUGACAUCAGCUGUUUGACAAAACCACAAAGACAGAGGAAUGUAAACUAGGUUCAGUAUACAAUACCGAAUCAAUAGUUCCACUGUCUUUUCAUAAACACCUGGAGAAAUGACAUUUGCUAAGUCUAUAGAUAGAAGACAAAUAAUACUCUGAACUGCUAGGACUCCAUAUGACGAUGGCACAUAUUUACUUUUGAAACAGUUUACUGCUAUGUGAAACAAUAUUUGAAUGACUUGAUAAUAAUAAUAAAAAGAAAAAAGGAAAAAAAAAAGAAUAAUAACAAAUGUACUACUGCGACCUGCAGCUUAAUGCCUCAAAAUACUUUUUUUUUUUUUUUUUGCAAAAUGCUAAAAGUUAAUAAAUUCCUUUUGAUGGCUGAGAACCAAAAAGACAGAUUUCCAAUAUUUGCGUGUGCAAAAACUGCCAUCUAGAGGAAAAACUGUCAUACAGCAUUUAUGCAAAACCGAAAGAAAUGAGACUACAGAUGCAGAGAAAGAACUGGUAGGUUUUUGUGUUGUCAUUGUAGUACUAUAAAACAGUUAAUAAUUAGACAAAUUGACAUACAUUAAUAAUAUUUCUCUAACAGAAAGACAGUAUGAUUUGCACACACACACACACACACACACACACACAAACACACACAUAUUUUAUUUUCAAAGUAUAUCUGCAGUUUACUGCAGUAAUUAUUUUUGUGCAUUGUCAUUUGUCAUGCUAAAAAUCCAAAUAUCUUAUACAAUUGUGUGCUUUCAACUUUUUGUGUAAGAACCACAUAAGGCUGUGAUGAUCAGGUGUCCAUAAACUUUUGGCCAUAAUGUGUAUAUUAUUACAAUACACUGUACUUAUUAUUUGAACUCACAUCCUGCAUGUCAUGUCACACCUCAGAUGACCGCUAGAGGGCACCUGGUGAUUAGACACAAGUCAUCCCUCAUCCCCCUACCUGCUCCUUGUAUGUCUUAUUUAGUCAGUCAUUUAUAAGCCUUAUACUUUGUGAAACAUUUCUUAGUGUCAUAUUAUUUUGUGCUGGUUUUUAGAUGUAUAAAUGUAUAAAUGUUGGUAUUGUGAUUGCAUCACUCAUGGAUUCUCUGCUCAAUCAUGUUUGAUCGUCCUUUAGAUGAUAUUUCUUUACAUGCUAUGAGGAAGAUAUUUUCAAUUUGGUAAUAGUACAAUUAGGUCUAACAUAUACAUUUGCAUAUUUGAGCUUUGGGUAAUUUUUUGAACAGUGACUGUAAAUAUUUCCCUUUUUGCUGCGUCAUGGUUUGAUCAUGGAGGCGGAUGCAGUGCGAAGUUAGUUUAUUGUAGGUGAAAACACACAAACACAAAGAACAGGAAACAAAACAUGCGUAGCGAUGCAAGGCAACAACAUAAACAAGACAUGAUCCCCACAACAGAAUACAAAAGCUAGAUACCAGAAACUGUACAAGAUGUGACUUCAUUUCCUGUGCUAAUUAACAUGAAUGUGAAUCCUGAUCAAAGCAAUCACAUGACAUUGCCAUGAUGUAGUCCUAUACCGUGUUUAGCAGAACCAUGACUUUUUAACAUCACUUCCGUUCAAUAAUAUUCUCAACAUUGAAAAAAUAAAUAACAUUAUAGACAUAACCCUUUUUUAAAAUGUUAAUCAGUUCAUGAUCAAUGAACAUCAAAUUGAUCAGCUAUUCACUGAUGAUGGAUAUGAAAACACAUACUCAAUCUAUGG